AUCGAACUGAAGGGAUCCUAAGACUUCUCUAAGUUGUAUGCUGGUAUUGCAAUACUUGGUUAUGUAGCUUCAGUACUGGAACCAAUCAAUAUGAGGGCCUUUUCUCAACUUGUUUCUUUUCUUGUGCAUCGGUACCCUAAGAUUCGAAAAGCAGCAGCUGAACAGGCGUACCUUGUCCUGCUACAAAAUGGGAAUCUUGUAGCUCAAGACAAGAUUGAGAGAGCACUAGAAAUCAUAUGCAACACUUGCUGGGAUGGCGACAUGGAUCUAGCAAAACAGGAAAGAGUAGCAUUAUGCGAGACCGUAGGUUUGGAGGUGGGGCCAAUUGGUAAGAACACUGAUGGAGCAUCAAGAAAAACCAGCACUAAGAAACCCACAAACUUGGAUGAGAAUGCAUCAUAUUCCUCAUUGGUUGAGUCAUCUGGCUUCUGAUUUACUUAUUUAUUUUUGGUCCCAUCCCA